AUUACCUCUCAGCUUCCUGGAAUUAUAUUUCACUUAACACUUUGAAAUAAAAUUCCUCAAAAUUAAGUAUAAAAAAAUUCAUUUUGGUAAAAAUUUCAAGGUUUCUCACAAUGACUACGCACUUUUACUACCCAAACAAGGAACUCCAGGAUGAAUUGACAUGCAUAUCCAAGGCCCUAGUGGCUCCUGGAAAAGGAAUCCUGGCAGCUGAUGAGUCCAGUUCGGUGAUGGGAAAGCGAUUUCAACUAAUUGGCGUGGAGAACACUGAGGAAAAUCGCCGGAUAUACCGACAAAUGUUAUUUACCACCGAUCCAAAGAUAUCUGAGAAUAUUUCCGGCGUGAUCUUUUACCAUGAAACAUUGCACCAAAGGACAGAUGACGGUGUACCUUUCGUAGAGGUCCUGAAAAAGAAGGGCAUCCUGACAGGGAUUAAGGUGGACAAGCACUUCACCCCGCUCUUUGGCUCCGAGGAUGAGUAUACCACCCAAGGACUUGAUGAUCUAGCCAACCGGUGUGCCCAGUACAAGAAGGAGGGCUGCAGCUUUGCCAAAUGGCGUUGUGUACUAAAGAUUUCGAAAAACACCCCAUCACCACAGGCCAUUCUCGAAAACUCAAAUGUCCUGGCCCGGUAUGCGGCCAUUUGCCAGUCACAGCGUCUAGUGCCCAUAAUAAGUCCUGAAAUUCUGGCUACCGGCGAUCACGAUCUGGACCGGUGUCAGAAGGUUACCGAAAUCCUACUCACAGGCGUUUACAAAGCCCUAAGCGAGCACCACGUCUUUUUGGAGGGGACUCUGCUGCAACCCAGUAUGGUUACACCAGGCCUGCAAAGUAAUAAAAAUCAUCCACCUUCAGACAUCGGACUGGCAACAGUACUUUCCAUUCGACGGACAGUGCCGCCCGCAGUACCUGGAGUCCUUUUUUGUUCCGGUACCCAAUCGGAGGAGGAAGCCACUGUCUAUUUGAAUGCCAUUAACAAUGUGCCUCUGUGCAAGCCCUGGGCCAUGAGUUUCGCCUUCGACCGGGCGUUGCAAACUUCGAUUUUGCGCACUUGGGGUGGCAAAAAGGAGCAGAUUACUCAUGCCCAAAACGAGCUUCUCAAACGCUGCAAGGCCAACAGUCUCGCUUGCAUUGGCAAAUAUGUUCAUGGGUCUAUUGAAAGUUCAGCGGGCACCGAGAGACUCUUACUGGAGGCUAUUGAAUUCUGAGAGAAGCCUUGAUUUGAAAUUCAAUAUUUGGCUCAACCAUUAUCAUUAAACAAUUUAAAAAUUUUUCUUCAAAUUAAAAUUUAAAGCAAUUUCA